GGGGCUCAAAUGGCAGGGCCUCCCGCCCGCUGGGCGCCAGCAGCUCUGCUGCCAUGGGGGCGCGGCUGGGCCGGCGGGCUGGACGUGAGGUGGGCUCCGAGGCGGGGGCGGCGACGGGGUGCGGGCCCGCGCCGUAUGAGCGCCGGGUGCGCUGGCUCCGCGAGAUCCAGUCCACGCUCCGCGAGCGGCGACCCGAACGCGCCCGGCAGCUACUGCGCCUCCUGCGCCAGGACCUGGGCCUCGAGGGAACCCUCCUCACUGACAUCCUCUACAGGAACGUGGCCUUCCUCAAUCUGGUAGAUCCUAUCUCCCAUGACCUGCUCGUGAACCUGGCCCGCGACCUGCAAUGCCCCGAGACGGACUAUGAGCUCUGGAAGUCCUCAGACAAGAUCUGCCGGCAGCUCAUCUACCACCUCACCCCUCACUCCAAGCGGCAGCCAGGGUCCAGCCUGAGGAAGACCCCGAGGAAGACCCCGAGCUGCGUCAAGAGCAGCCUGCAGAAGACUCUGCUGGGAAGGGAGACCGUGAACCUCUCGGGGAUCCCCCUGUCCGUGCGGGAUGUGCAGCACAUCACGCACUACCUGGGCAGCCAGGGUGCUGGGCUCACGGUGCUGGACCUGAGCUUCACGGGGCUGAGCGAUGAGCUGCUGCACCUGCUGCUGCCGGGCCUCUGGACGCUGCCCUGCCUCUCCCAGCUCCUGCUCAACGGCAACCGACUGACCCGGGCCGCCGCCCGCGAGCUCACGGAGGCCAUCAAGGACACCACCAAGUUCCCUGCACUGGCCUGGGUGGACCUGGGCAACAACGUAGAUGUGGCCUCCCUGCCCCAGCCCCUGCUGGUUGGCCUGCGCCGGCGGCUGAGCCAGCGCACCUCACUCCCCACUAUCUAUGAGGGCCUGGACCUCGAGCCUGAGGGCAGUGUGGCCCAUGCCACCACUGCUGCCUCCACUUGGGGCUCUGCAGCUACCAAGCCGGGGUCUGAGCCCCAGGCCUGCUGCACCAGGUGACCCACCGCCCACCCUGGCUCCCGCCACCUAACUGACAAUGCCUCCAGCCACAUGGAAUGGGGUGAUGGAGGCCCCAGAGGCCACCCAGGCCCCCAGAGAUCCAGUGCACCUGCUCCGCCUGGGAUUAAAGGAAUGGAAGGAUAAUGGACUAAUCAGAGGCUGGAUGAUGAGCCCAGGCUGGGAUCGCAGCCUCCUCUCAGCAGGAGGGGCUCAGCACCUGCUGUGCAGACCUCACAAUAAAGGGUGAUACCCCCUCUGCUUCAGC